AUGCGCCUCAAGCAGCUCAAUGCGCACCUCGCCCUCCUGGGCCGCCAGGGCGCCUGGCCAGCGGCCCUCGCGCUGCUCGCCCGGGCGGAGACCGCGGACGCGGCCAGCGGCUCGGCUCGGCGGGCGGCUGGUUACGCCUCGACGGUGGCGGCGUGCGCGAGGAGUGGGGCGUGGCAGCAGGCGCUGGCGGUGCUGCAGGCAGCGAGGGAGGCGCUGCGGUACAGGGACGCCUUCAGCACCUGCGCGGCCAUCUCUGCGCUGGGCGAUCGCUGGGAAUGGGCGCUGGGACUGCUGGCGGAAGUGCCCGGCAGCCUGCCGGCCAGCAACGCGGCCCUCACGGCGCUGGCCAGGGCCGCGCAGUGGCGCCAGGCGCUACGACUCUUCGGCCGAGGCGGUGACGUGGUGAGUCUGGGUGCUGCCAUGCAUGCGGUCGCCAAAGCGGGGCAGUGGCAAAGCGCUCUGGUGCUCUUGGCCCGAACGGCCAGGUGGCGACUCACGGCAAACAGGGUCGUCUACAACGCGGCAAUCAGCAGCUGCCAAACCGCCGCGCAGUGGCAGACUGCCCUCGCGCUGUUGGCGACCAUGCAGAGCCAGCGGGUGCACGAAGACCAGGUCUCCAAGAACGCGGUGAUCAGCACAUGUGGCGCGGCUGGGCAAUGGCAGCUCGCCUUGGCGUAUUUCGGUGCGCAGAAGCAAGCAGGCCGCGCAGGAGAGGUCACCUACAACGCCAGCAUCACAGCCUGCGGGCGCAGCAGCGAGUGGCGAAAGGCACUGCUGGUCUUCGGAGCGAUGGGAUCGGACGCCAGUACACAGACCUACGGCGCUGUCAUGGGCGCUUUGCAACAUGCUGCCCAGUGGCAGAUGGCCUUUGAACUGCUGGAGAUGAUGUUGCAGGGGCGCGUGCCGCGGAACAGCGCCGUGUGCAACGCAGCGAUCAGCGCCUGUGAGAAGGCGGGCGAGCGCAAAGCGGCGCUCCGGCUGCUGCGGCGGUUUUCGUGGCAUGCAGUGCAAGCUGACGAGAUAACUUACAAUGCAGCAAUCAGCGCAUGCGCAAAGACGGACCGCUGGGACAUUGCGCUGGAGCUUUUGUCCGAGAUGUCCAGCUCCCGCCUUCAAAGCCGCGGUCUCAGCGACAUCACGGCCAGCGCGGCCAUGGGUUCCUGCGAGAGGGCCUCUGAGUGGCAGCAGGCGCUGAAGCUGCUGACCUCGCUGUCGCAGCACGUGUGGCCUUCGGUGAUCAGCUUCAAUGCGCUCCUCAGCUGCUUGGCCUCUGCUGCCCAGUGGGAGCGGAGUUUGGACAUCUUCGUUUCGCUCGCAGAAAUCGACCCUCGCGCGGUGCAAACGGUGCUGGACGCCUGCGGCAAGGCGCGGCAGUGGCGGCAGGCGUCUGUCCUACUGGCGUUGAGACGCGGAGAGAUCUCCAACGACUCGGGGCGCCCGGUCUUCCAAGCCGCCAGGAACUACCCAGACGUAUCCUUCGCCUCCAGCGCGCUCUUCCACGCGCUGGUCACUGCCAGCUUGGAGCAGGGCUUUGUCCCCAGCGUGAUCCGCGCGGACGACGCCUCCAUCGGCUUGGCGGUGCGGCAGUUGGCGGGCUGCCGCCUGGGCUUGGCCAUGGUCACCUCGGAGCUGGCGCAGGGCCGCACGGAGGACCUGGAGAGGUGCCUCGCGUGGCGCCUGGAGACGAUGUACCAGGCUGCGCGGCUGGUGCUGGGCGAGAAGCUGCCCCAGGUGGCGGGGGGCCAGGUGCAAGCGGACUCGGUGCGGCGCGUGCUGGGGGAACGUCUGCUGCCGGUGGUGGGGCAGUUGAUGGCCGAGGAGGAGCUCACGCCGGACCUGCCUUUGGACAUUUGCGGCUACGUGGCGCAUCCGCCCAGGUGGCCAGCUCCCUUGGGCCUGCGCCUCACGGGGGCCUUCGUGGAGUGGACGGCUUUGGGCUGCGGCGGCCUCGCGGAGAUGGCGCUCCAGGAGCUCUUGGAGGACGACUUCGAAGAGCGGUCUUUGGAGCGCCCAGCAGCGGUGCUGUCCUGGCGCGGUCGGGUGGUAGCAGCCACGCCCACCUGGCGGAAGCUGCAGGCCUUGGACCGGGGGCUGCUGGUGGCCAUGGCCAGCUCUGCGGGGCCACAAAGCUUCGGGGAGCUGAGGUCUGUGACGCUCGAGGAAAUCGACGACCUCUCCUUGCAUGUGAAAUCAGAGCCCGGAUCGGAGGCGACGGAGGCGAAGCACCACAUGCUCAGCAUCCGCCUCCAUCCCGAGAUAUCGGGGCAAGACGCUCGUAGGAGGGAGGACGCAUCUUUGGUUUUUUCCAUCAUUUCGCCUAUGGACAAGGGCCCUUUGGAUGCGCAGAGGUUGCGGGACCAAGCCACGCGCUGCGCGGGCCAUGGGAAUCUGGCGGUUCUUUGGGAGAAGCUUGGGAAGAGGAGCAUUGCAGAGCUGACGCUCGACAAGCUGUCGGCAGCAUUGCUGCUGGAUGAGGGCGUCGGCGACGUGGUGGCGCUGCCAGCUCUUUGGAGCAGCGAAAGCGUGGGUGCUGAGGUUCACGAAGCUUUCAGACGCCUGACUUACUGGUUUCACGCGCUGCCCACGCUCUCCGCAAACUGCCCUCAACGCUUCGUUUGCUGCGAUGGGUACGUGAUCACCGCGGUGCGGAGGGAAGACGGGAUCCUGUGCUGGGGAUGCUCCACGGCUGUGCAAGAAGAUGCGUUUCAGGAAGUGCAGAGGCUGCUCAGGUAUGAGUCUGUCUUCAGAGGUGAAUCUGUGCACAUGGCCACGUGGUUAAUGCUUGGGCCCAUGGACCUUGCCAUGCGGUCCUUGCCGCGGCUGCCGCUGGCCAGGCCAAUGCGGCCGAUGCCACGGCACCUUCGAGCUUUGCGAACGACCGCCCGGACCGCCGCCACCUCUGCCUUUCCGGCGGCGGCGUGCGCCACGGCGGCAACGGCCUUCGCGGCCAAGGCGGCGGCCAGGACGCGACAGCUGCCGCGGUCCGGGAAGAGGCUGGGCACCCACAGCGGCUCCUUUCAGGCGGACGAAGCCUUGGCCUGCUGGAUGCUGCGCCAGCUCCCGCGCUUCGCCCACUGCGAAAUCCUGCGGACCCGCGACCCCAGGCUGCUUGACCAGAUGGACGUGGUGGUGGAUGUAGGCGACAUCUACGACCCUGAGCGCCUGCGCUUCGACCACCACCAGCGGGGAUUCUUUGCAACAGCGGACGGAGGGCCGGAGGCUGAGGGCCGCUGGAAGACCCGGCUGUCCUCUGCAGGUCUCAUUUACAAGCACUUCGGCCGGGACAUCAUCCAGCAGCUGGCUGGCACAGACAAGGAGGACACCGAGCUCGUUUGGGCAGAGGUGUACGAGCGCUUUGUUGAGUCAGUCGAUGCUAUCGACAACGGAGUGGAGGCAUAUGAGGGCGCGCCUCGCUUCAAGGAGAUGACGGGCCUGGCGCUGCGGGUGGCUCGGCUGAACCCGCGGUGGAACGAGACCUGCGAGAAGGCGGAGCUGCAGCGGCGCUUCGAGGCUGCGUCGGCCCUUUGCGGCGCCGAGUUUCUGGAAGCCUUGAGCGAGGUGGUGGAGAGUUGGCUCCCGGCGCGGGACUUGGUGCUGCGAGCAAUGGAGAAGCAGAACGCGACGCACGGCUCGGGGCAGGUCCUGCAGCUUCCUUCGGGCAAACUGCCCUGGAGGGGCCACUUGUUCCAGCUGGAGCGCGAGCUGGACAUCGAGGGUCACAUCAAGUUUGUGGUCUACUAUCAAGAUGAGGAGCGGAUCUGGCGCGUGCGCGCGGUGCCGGUGGAGGGCGCUUCGUUCACCAGCCGAGUGCUGCUGCCGGAGCCCUGGCGGGGCCUCAGGGAUUCCAGGCUCACGGAGGUCAGCGGAAUCCCAGGCUGCGUCUUCGCUCAUGUGAACGGCUUCAUCGGCGGCAACGAGACCCUGGCGGGAGCCAUCGCCAUGGCUGAAGCGAGCCUCGAGGCCCGCCAGAUUUCGGAGGCGCUGCGGGGACAUUUGGAGACUCAGACGGAGCUCACCGAGAUGUUGGCAGCGCUGGGCGCGCGGGGCUGUUGGGAGGAGGUGCUAACCACCUGGAGCCACAUGGUGCGCCACGCGGACGUAGACCUCAAGGCUUUCCAUACGGCGCUGCGUGCCUUGGGCAACCAGCGCCGCUGGGAGCUCGCCGUGGAGCUCUUCGCCUCCGCCGAGAAACUGGGCCUCCAGAGAAACGCGGAGUCCUUCGGCCACGCCACCCAUGCGCUGGCAGAGGGCCGCCAGUGGAUGCUGGCCCUGCCUUUGCUGGACAAGGCCAGGCGUGAGUCCAUCACGCCGGAGGAGUCGUGCUACACCGCUGCCAUCCGCGCUCUCAGCUUCGGGGGCCAGCCGGUUCAGUCACUGUGGCUGCUGAAUGACGUGCUGAGCACCAACCUGCAGCUCCGGAACCAGGCCUUCGAGGCCGCCAUCCACGCGUGCGACCAGCUGGGCGAGUGGAAGCGCGCCUUGGCGUACCUGGACUACUUGGCCCAGUCAGGUUUGAGUGCGGACAUGGGCUCCACCAUCCAAGCCAUGCAGGCCUGUGCCACCUGCGGCCAGUGGUUCGAAGCCUUGCGGCUCUUCGAUCAGAUGGCGCCCCGCGCCUCGAUCGGUUCGACGCGCCCGGUGCGGGCCUUCGCCCUGAGCCUGGAGAUCUGCGAGAAGACGGGCCAGUGGCAGCGGGCAGCGAGUCUCUUCGACGAGUUCAUGGCCAAGGGCGGGAUCCUGGAGGAGGAUUUGGUGGAGCCUUUGGUGCGCUCCUGCGUGCAUGCGGGCCAGGUGGCACGGGUGCAGACCUACUUCCGUGACUGGGCGGAGCUGGGCUUCAUUCCCAGCUAUGCCCUGAGCCGCUUUGUAGCUGACUCCCUGUGGGCUGUCAUCCUGCGGCCUCCCCACGAGCCGGGGAUCUUCGGGCAGCUGGGGGCGCAUUUGCGAGCAGGGCGCCUGGUGGCCUUCCCCACAGAGACGGUGUAUGGCUUGGGAGCCAACGGCUUGGAUGCCGCCGCCGUGCUGCAGAUCUUUGAGGCCAAGGGCAGGCCUCUCACGGACCCUUGCAUUCUCCACGUGGCCAAUGCGGCCGAUGCGUUGAACCUCCUAGACAUGGACGCUUUGCCAGAUGGAAGACCUUUGUUCGAAGAGCUGACGAAGGCAUUCUGGCCUGGGCCGCUCAGCAUUGUUGGCCCUGCACGCCCAGCGGUGCCCCCGGAAGUCACUGCCAGCACUGGCUUUGUGGCGGUGCGCUGCCCGUCCCAUCCCAUCGCACGGCAGCUGGUGGAGGCUGCGGGCGUGCCCUUGGCCGCGCCCUCGGCGAACCGCUUCGGGCACAUCUCCCCCACGCUGCCAGAGCACGUCAUGGAGGACUUGGGGCACGUGUCGUUCCUGAAAAUUUUGGAUGGCGGCCCCUGCGAUGUGGGCAUCGAGUCGACGGUGGUAAAGAUAGACACCGCUGGGCGGCUGCUGCUGCUGCGUCGCGGCGGGGUGACGCCCGAGAGGCUCGAAGAGUUCUUGGGCGACUGCUUCAAGAGCGGAAAGCUCCAGGAGCCAGUGAGCCUGGUGUCGCCGUCUAGGUCGCAGCCCGUGGUGAAAGCGGAAGAGGAGGCCCAAGUAGCCCCCGGCAUGAUGUUGAAACAUUAUGCUCCUUCCGUGCACACCGUGCUGCUCUCCCCGCCUCGAACAGCGGGCGCGGCGGAAGCCGCGUCUUCCGGAGACUUCAUGAAGGCCUCGGUGAGUCGCAGCGUGCUGAUCGACUUCCGGGCUGGUCAGGCGGAGCGCCACGGCAAGUUCCUGAAGGUCUUCGAGCUUUGUGAGGCCGGAUCGAGUGGAACUGCGGAGGAGGCCUGCCGCCGGGUCUUCGGCACCUUGCGCGAGGCUGAAGCCUUCGCGCAGGCCCAGCAGGCGGAUCUCAUUUGCAUCGCGGAGUUCGAUCCCAGUGGCCUCGGCGGAUACGCAGAAGCUUUGCAUGAUAGGCUCUUCCGAUCAGCUUCUGGUCAGCGCGCUGUGCUGGUGGAGGUCGGGCGGACCGGAUGGCUCGAAGUUCUUGGCGUUGCGGACGAUGCCCUGAAGGGCGCUGAACGUCUGCAAUCGCAGGUCGAGGCCUGGCAACUGAACUCGCUGGCAGAUAUCCGACGCAGGGUCGAAGGCAACGGCGAGUUUAACGACUCCUGCAGCUUUGACCCCGGAGGCGCAAGCCCGGGAACUCGAGUUAAGUGCGCCUUGAGCGGCGCGUUGUACCUGGGACCUUACUCCAAGUUCCAAGCUGUGGGGGUGCCUGGUUUAGCUCCUAAGAUGCCAGAUCAAGGUAGGCGCCAGAGAGGCGCCAUGCCCACCUUUGCGGCUCCCGCCAGCACAGCUGCACGAGGGGCGCCCUUGCUGGCGAAUGGCGAAGGAGAUGGCAGGUGGAAAUGCAGCGCGACCUUCCAGCGAGUCCUGGGAUUGACCAUCAAAGCCUCGCUGCUCUCGGCGCAGCGAGUCUUCGACAUCCUUGCGCUCGUGCGCAUUGUGUACAAAGUAUCCCCCACCUGGCUGGCGGUUGUGAAGAACGGGAACUUCUGGCUGCUGGUGAGCGGCGCGUUCGCCUCCACGGUGCUCUCGGCCUUGACGCUGAGUCGGCACCGCAGCGCCAUCCGUCAGAACCGGCCCUAUGGGUGGUAUUUGGCGGUGCUGGUGUCCGCUCUUCAGCUCGCGCCACUGGUGGAGAUGGUCGACAAGAUGGGCGACGGCUUCUGCUGGGGCGUCUCUGACGACGACUUCGUCAGCCCAUUAGCUUCGGUUAUGAGCACGGCGGCCUCGCCGGAGCUGAGCCGCCGUCGAGCGCAGGCAGAGAUCAAAGGCAGCCGUUACGGGGAGAACCUGAUGCGAGGGCUCAGGAAGCUGUCCAUUGCGAGCUUGCCCUUGGUGCUUCUGUCGGCCAUAGUACACUCCGCCUGGCUGUUGAGGAGCGUGCUCGGCAAGGAGGCCUUCGACGGCAGCUGCGUGCAGGAGGCGGUGGCGCUUGGGGUGGGCAUCAUUUGCCUGGCCAUGGCCUGUGCGGAUGUGGUGCUCUAUGUUUGGGUUGACGACGCCUUCGUGCGCACCCACAAGAAGUUGGUGCAGGUGCACUACUUCUUAGAGCUCCUCACCAGGCUCCCGUUGUGCCUGCUGCUGCACGUGUCCUUCAUGCUGCAGCCUUCGGCCAUGCAGCCCAUCGUCUUCCUCUGGGCCGGCGAUUGCUUGGCCUCGGUGCUGCUGCUGUUGUCCCCAACCUUGGGGGGCUGGCGUCGGCGCAUGUCCUGCCGCCACGGCGCCAGCCAGGUGGCCAGCGCGGUCACCAUGUCUCAGAUCCUUUUCUUCGUGAACAUCACCUUUUUCGACCCCCGAGAAGCCUUCCAAGUGGUGAACGCCGGGUUUUACAUUGUGAAGUACCUCGAAGCCUUCGUCAUCUGCAAGAUCCUGCAGUGGCACGGUAUCCUCGAGCCUUUUUUCCAGCACUUCUGCGAAGCGCAGCUGGCGGCGGUGCUGCUGAACGCCUUCCUGGUGUGGGUGGUGGUCCCAAAGCUGCGCACGCUGCAGGUCAAUGGUGCCACAGCCACAGAUAUGCCGCGGCUGUCGCGUCUGCUGCCGCGGGCGGAGGACGAAGAAGCCCCGCGGUCCCGCAGCCAGGUCUUCGGAGCCCCCGAGGCCUUGGAGCUCAGCACGGUGGGCUCGCCGCAGAACGUGUGGCGCCACUGGCGCGGCGGCCCCAGCCGCGCGGAGAGCGCGCGCCUGGACCUCCUGGGCGACAUGCUGGAGGGCCUGUGCUUGCUCAGCCAGGCCCACAGUGAGCGCAACCGCCCGGCUGUGGCGCGCAGCACCGUGGCCGACGUCUUGUGGUCUCUGGUCCUGCCCUGGGAUGGUGACUACGAGGAUGGGUUGGGUGGCAAGGUGGCGCUGGAGGUCAUCGACUCCGAGAAGGGUACGGUGCUGGUCCGCUGGACCAAGGCCCACGCCGAGGCCGCAAUCGAGACCUUGGGCGUCAUGUUUCAGGGCACCGCCAUUGAAGUGGUCUUAGACCCCUCCGAGGGCCGUGUGACCGGGUCCUUCAGCGGGAAGGACAUCCGGUUCAGCGACGCCCAUGGCACCGUGUGGACCCGGCAGAGCGACUCCCAGCGAGCCUUGGCGUCCACGGCGGCCAGGGAGCUCCUGCGGCUGGUGCUGACCCAGGUGCUGCUCGCCCUGCGCUGGGAGCCCACCUUCCUGGGUUUAGGCACCGCCGCCGCGCGCGCCGGGAAGCUCUUGGUGGCGGAUGCGGCGCAAAGGCCGCUGCUCAGCUUUCUGAUUCGCUACGCCAUCGGCACCCAUGAUCUCACGCUCCUCUCCGAGAUCUACUGGGCCCUUUGGUGCCUGUCGCAGGAUGUACUGGAUCCUGAUCGGACCGCCUACGAGAAAGCUCGCUGGGUGCUGAUCAAAUCGUUGGAGGGCACCAUCGAGUUCUGGGACGGCGUGCGGGGCAUUCGCUUGGACCACCUGUGCACAGACCCUGCCGAGCUCAACGCGUUUCGACAUGAAGCUUUGCGGGUGCUCACGUCCCAGGCCUCUUUGUGGCAGCAGACUGUGCGCCUGGCUGCCCUUGGCAUCGAGACGGCCGGGGACACGGCCGAGAAGACCCGCGCAGUGCGUCACCGUCUGCGGGAGAUGAAGUCGGGGGAGGCUCACCCCAGAUUCGCCAAUGGGUCUUUGGACCUGCCGGAGGACUCGUACAUGCUGGAUGUCCUUAAGGCAGACCCCGAGCUGAAGGCAGCCACUCUGUCUGCAAGCUUGGUGGGCUCCACUGCUCGGCUCUUCCUGUCCGUGGACCCCAGCGUGGCGUUUUUGGGGCUCGACAUCAACGCCUGCGAGAUCCUAGCGUCCAACACUGCACCGCUACUCCUGGGCUGCGUCAAGGCGAACGCGGCGGACCCCGAAGCGGAGAGCGGCAACAGCCAGGUCGACAAGUACAUGGUCAAAGUGGGGGAUGACCUGCGGCAGGACCAGCUCGUACUGCAGAUGCUUCACCUGAUGGAGCUGGUGUGGCAGGAGCGAUUGCCGGAGACAGAGCACCGCAUGCUGCGCUUUGUUCCGUACCUCGUCCUGGCCAUGACGCCCAACGCGGGCUACAUCAAGUUCGUGCCCGGCGCGGUGUCGCUCUCCAAGGCCUUGGCACAGGCCAACGGCGAUUUGAGGCUUUGGCUGUCCGCCCAUCGCCCGAACGAUUUGGCGAUGGAUCAGGUGUUGGCCAAUCUGUGCGGCAGCGCUGCCGCGUACUGCGUCGCCACUUACGUCCUGGGCAUCGGGGAUCGGCACCUGGACAACCUGCAGAUCACCCCGGAGGGCCACUUCUUCCACAUCGACUUCGGCUUCAUCUUUGGCGAGGACCCAAAGCCUUUCGCCCCACGGCUGCGCUUGCCACAGCAAGUGGCCACCGUGCUGCUGGCCGCCGUGGAUGAGGAUUCGGGAGGCACCCUUUUGGACAAGUGCUUCCUAUUGGCCGGCCGGGCCUACAUCGCCCUUCGGCGGUCUAUGCCGCUGUGGGUCUCUCUCCUUCACGUCACGGGGCACGCGGGUGGGGCUGGCUGUGGACGGCUGCGCGCCGACGCCAACGCGGCGGUGGUGGUGGUGACGGACCGCCUCCGCAGUGAUUUGGGCAGCUACGAGGAGGAGAAGGCGGCCGCAGAGUUCCUUCUUGUGCUUACAGAGAGCACGGAGGCGCUCUACCCGGUGCUCACGGACAAGGUGCAUCAGCUCGGGCUCUUCUGGAAGUAG